UUGAUGCACGGCUGACAUGGGCAACUUGAAGAGUGUGGGCCAGGAACCUGGGCCACCCUGUGGCCUGGGGCUGGGACUGGGCCUUGGACUGUGCAGCAAGCAGACCCCGGCCUCUCCAACAUCAGAGCCCAGCCGGGCACCAGCAUCCCCACCCCCGACCUCACCAGCGCCAGACAACAGCCCCCCACUAACCCGGCCUCCAGAGGGGCCCAGGUUCCCUCGAGUGAAGAACUGGGAAGUGGGCAGCAUUGCCUAUGACACCCUGUGUGCCCAAGCUCAGCAGGAUGGGCCCUGCACCCCAAGACGCUGCCUGGGAUCCCUUGUGUUUCCAAGGAAACUACAGAGCAGGCCUACCCAGGGCUCACCACCCCCUGAACAGCUGCUGGGUCAGGCCAGGGACUUCAUCAACCAGUACUACAGCUCCAUCAAGAGGAGUGGCUCUCAGGCCCAUGAGCAGCGACUUCAAGAGGUAGAGGAAGAGGUAGCAUCUACAGGCACCUACCAGCUCCGGGAGAGUGAGCUGGUGUUCGGGGCCAAGCAAGCCUGGCGCAAUGCUCCCCGCUGUGUGGGCCGGAUCCAGUGGGGAAAGCUACAGGUAUUUGAUGCCCGAGACUGCAGGACUGCCCAGGAAAUGUUCACCUACAUCUGCAAUCACAUCAAGUAUGCCACCAACCGAGGCAACCUUCGCUCCGCCAUCACAGUGUUCCCCCAGCGCUGCCAAGGCCGCGGAGACUUCCGGAUCUGGAACAGCCAGUUGGUGCGUUAUGCUGGCUACAGGCAGCAGGAUGGCUCUGUGCGAGGGGACCCUGCCAACGUGGAGAUCACUGAGCUCUGCAUCCAGCAUGGCUGGGUCCCAGGAAAUGGCCGUUUUGACGUACUGCCCCUGCUGCUCCAGGCCCCUGAUGAGCCUCCAGAACUCUUCACUCUGCCCUCUGAGCUGGUCCUCGAGGUGCCCCUGGAGCACCCCACGCUGGAGUGGUUCGUGGCACUGGGCCUGCGCUGGUACGCCCUCCCGGCAGUAUCCAGCAUGCUUCUGGAAAUUGGGGGCUUGGAGUUCCCUGCGGCCCCUUUCAGCGGCUGGUACAUGAGCUCUGAGAUCGGAAUGAGGAACCUGUGUGACCCUCACCGCUACAACAUCCUGGAGGAUGUAGCUGUCUGCAUGGACCUGGACACCCGGACAACCUCGUCCCUGUGGAAAGACAAGGCAGCAGUGGAAAUUAACGUGGCUGUACUGCACAGUUACCAGCUGGCCAAAGUGACCAUUGUGGACCACCAUGCUGCCACAGCCUCGUUUAUGAAACACCUGGAGAAUGAGCAGAAGGCCAGGGGUGGCUGCCCUGCUGACUGGGCCUGGAUCGUACCCCCCAUCUCGGGCAGCCUCACUCCUGUCUUCCAUCAAGAGAUGGUCAACUAUUUCCUGUCCCCUGCUUUCCGCUACCAGCCAGACCCCUGGAAGGGGAGCGCAGCCAAGGGUGCCGGCAUCACCAGGAAGAAGACCUUUAAGGAAGUGGCCAAUGCAGUGAAGAUCACUGCCUCGCUCAUGGGCACAGUGAUGGCAAAGCGCGUGAAGGCAACCAUCCUGUAUGGCUCAGAGACUGGCCGGGCCCAGAGCUACGCACAGCAGCUGGGGAGGCUCUUCCGGAAGGCGUUCGAUCCCCGGGUCCUGUGUAUGGAUGAGUAUGACGUGGUGUCCCUUGAGCAUGAGACACUGGUGUUGGUGGUGACCAGCACAUUUGGGAAUGGAGAUCCCCCAGAGAAUGGAGAGAGUUUUGCAGCAGCGCUAAUGGAGAUGUCGGGACCCUACAACAGCUCCCCUCGACCAGAGCAGCACAAGAGUUACAAAAUCCGCUUCAACAGUGUCUCCUGCUCAGACCCACUGGUGUCUUCUUGGCGGCGGAAAAGGAAGGAGUCCAGCAACACAGACAGUGCAGGGGCACUAGGCACACUCAGGUUCUGUGUGUUCGGGCUGGGCUCCCGGGCGUACCCCCACUUCUGUGCCUUUGCCCGGGCGGUGGACACAAGGCUGGAGGAGCUGGGUGGAGAGCGACUACUUCAGCUGGGCCAGGGCGAUGAGCUGUGUGGCCAAGAGGAGGCCUUCCGUGGCUGGGCCCAGGCUGCCUUCCAGGCCUCCUGUGAGACCUUCUGUGUGGGAGAAGACGCCAAGGCUGCUGCCCGGGACAUAUUCAGCCCCAAACGCAGCUGGAAGCGCCAGAGGUAUCGGCUGAGUGCCCAGGCCGAGGGCCUGCAGCUGCUGCCAGGUACAGUCCUGACCUCACCCCCAUCCGCAGGCUCUCUGGGGUUCCCAGGGUCCAAGGACUCACUUAUUCAGGCCCCGCUCCCUGGCUCAGGCUCAGUCUCCUUUGCACCCUCCUCAUCCUUAGGCCUGAUCCAUGUGCACAGGCGGAAGAUGUUCCAAGCUUCAAUCCUCUCCGUGGAAAAUCUACAAAGCAGCAAAUCCACCCGGGCCACGAUCCUGGUGCGCCUGGACACUGGAGGCCAGGAGGGGCUGCAGUACCAGCCCGGGGACCACAUAGGUGUCUGCCCGCCCAACCGUCCUGGCCUCGUGGAGGCACUGCUGAGCCGUGUAGAGGACCCACCGCCACCCACAGAGCCUGUGGCAGUAGAGCAGCUGGAGAAGGGCAGCCCUGGUGGCCCUCCCCCCGGUUGGGUACGAGACCCUCGGCUACCCCCGUGCACACUUCGCCAGGCUCUCACUUUCUUCCUGGACAUCACAUCCCCACCCAGCCCACGCCUUCUCCGACUGCUGAGCACCCUGGCUGAAGAGUCCAGUGAGCAGGAGGAGCUGGAGGCCCUCAGCCAGGACCCUCGGCGCUAUGAGGAGUGGAAGUGGUUCCGCUGCCCCACGCUUUUGGAGGUGCUGGAGCAGUUCCCAUCAGUGGCACUGCCUGCUCCCCUGCUCCUCACUCAGCUGCCCCUACUCCAGCCUCGGUACUACUCAGUCAGCUCAGCACCCAGUGCACACCCAGGAGAGAUCCACCUCACCGUUGCUGUGCUGGCAUACAGGACACAGGAUGGACUGGGCCCCCUGCACUAUGGAGUCUGCUCCACAUGGCUAAGCCAACUCAAGGCCGGAGACCUUGUGCCCUGCUUCAUCAGGGGGGCUCCCUCCUUCCGGCUGCCACCUGAUCCCAGUUUACCCUGCAUCCUGGUGGGCCCAGGCACUGGCAUUGCCCCCUUCCGGGGAUUCUGGCAAGAAAGACUGCAUGACAUUGAAAGCAAAGGGCUGCAGCCCGCCCCUAUGACUUUGGUGUUCGGCUGCCGUUGCUCCCAACUCGACCACCUCUACCGCGACGAGGUGCAGGACGCCCAGCAGCGCGGGGUGUUCGGUCACGUCCUCACCGCCUUCUCCAGGGAACCAAACAGCCCCAAGACCUACGUGCAGGACGUCCUGAGGACUGAGCUGGCUGCUGAGGUGCAUCGCGUGCUGUGCCUGGAACGAGGCCACAUGUUUGUCUGCGGCGAUGUCACCAUGGCAACCAGCGUCCUACAGACAGUGCAGCGGAUCCUGGCGACAGAGGGCGACAUGGAGCUGGAUGAGGCGGGUGACGUCAUCGGCGUGCUGCGGGAUCAGCAACGCUACCACGAGGACAUCUUCGGGCUCACACUGCGCACCCAGGAGGUGACAAGCCGCAUACGCACCCAGAGCUUUUCAUUGCAGGAGCGACAGCUGCGGGGGGCAGUGCCCUGGGCAUUGGACCCGACUGGCCCAGACACGCCAGGCUCCUGAUAGCCUGGCUUUCCACUGCAGCUCCUAGAGAGAGCUUCCGCACUGCUGUCGGCUGACCAGGGCCAAGCCACCUCUCUCCCCUCUUGAGGUGCCUACCAGCAUCUGUCUGUCCUGAGGCUGCGGAAAUUCAGCCCAGGGAAUGAGAGAUCCCCUGUCAGGGGUCU